AUGAGUGCCAGCGGUGUCGAGCUAGACACGGACAGCAUGUCCCCUAGCCUGCCUAUUUUCCAGUGUUCCACACUCAUCGACCCUCCUUCGUCUCCAGUCAAGAAUCCUCAUCUGUUAACCCCGGUUCAGCGAUACUCCGCAGCCCUAGAUGCGCUCAACGGGAGUAACAAGAACCUCGAAUACAAGAUCGCCAAGCUCCAUUCAGGGACACUUUUGCUCAAGCUCGACUUGAUGAAGCUCCAACGACACAUGACAUGCUUCCAUCAUGAUCUUCUUGCCACAUGGGAGGCCGACAUCCUGACCAGACUCAUCGAAGUGAUCCACGAGCGACAAGGUCGAAAUCUACCUGGUGGACAUGCCCUGGGCGACCACAAGAUGCUUGAUCGAGGGGAGUUAUCGGAAAUCUAUACGGCUGCAGCGGGGCAUGUCGGCAAGAGAACGCUCAAGAGGCUGUUUGGACUAUCCGAGAAUUACUGGUUAGCCUUGCAGAAGUAUGGAGAGAUCGCGGAUCUGCGCAGUACAACCCCCCCUCGCACGGCAGGCACAUUUGCUCGGUGGCUGUUAUCAUCUGAGAAUGAGAGGAAUCCUGGACGCGCGGCGUUCUGGCUGAGAUUGUUUCCGGUGUGCUACGGGAGGACUGCUGAAGAGUGUGCCAGCGUGGUCUGA